UCAAGCACACGCCUUGGCAAGAAGUCAUUUGUUAUACUUAGUCAAACCAUGAACUCGAAUGUAGAUUGAGAAUAAUAUGUUUACGACAACUGGUCUGGAAUAUAAAUAUUUAUAUUAGUGAAUAAACAAACAUAAAAACGAUUAUUGAAAAACAAACUUUUUAAUACAAAUUAAGGAUGUGUCGAACGGCUUUAAACGGAUUUAUUUUGUGUGUUUUGUCUGUGAUAAUAUACUUCUGCGCUGCCCCGGCGGAAGCAGGCGAAUGUUGCCGCUCCCAUCGUGACAUCUACAAUGUGUAUCAAUACCAGCAAUGGUGCCCUGUCUACUGUUGCAACUCCGGUAUCUUCCGCCGCCUCCAGUGCUGCAGCGACCCCGCCAGAAGGGCGUUUCCGGGCGACAUUGACUCCUUCUGUGCCGCCUGGUUUAUAUUCCCACACAAUGUGUGGAUUCCUGUGAUCAUUGGCCUCGUGAUACUCGGGAUCCUGAUAGGCAUCUGUGUAUGUUGUGUUCGCUGCUGUUGCGUGUUCUGACCUUCCUUACAUUGGCACAAUUGUGAUGUCUAUUUGCGUAUUAUGUUUUUUGGAUGAACGAAAUGUACGUUUUGAAAUAGUUUUAAGUGUGGUAAAAAGUAUUCCAGGAGGCAAGAAAUCGAGUAACAUUAGUUUAUAAAUAUGUGUAACAAAGAAUUCACGACUGGUGUAAUUUAAAGUAUAAGACAGUCUGGACUUAUUUUGAAAUGAAACUACUUUCUGUUUUGUAAUAUAUCUAUAUAUCAUCUGUAUAUUAUACAUUCUUUUUCCUAUAA